AUGGGUCGAUUUUGGGAGUUUCUGAUCACAGGACUACCUUCCUUGUGUGUCAGCAUUUUCAAUCUAUUGCCUCCAUACCGCCAAUCGCCAACACAGAGUGGCGAUUCGAUUACACCCUAUCAGAAAGCAUGCAAAGCCUGCAGAUCAGGCAAAAUUUACACCAGUUAUGAUCAAAAGUCAACAAAAAAGCACGCCGGAAUCAAUGCGAAAGAACUCCUGAUAUAUCAGAUUCCACUCAAGAUACAGCUGCUAGUCAUGGAACGUCUGGAUCCCGUCGACAUAUUCUGUCUACGACAAAGUUGCUCCAUGCUCUUCUCGGCAUUCGAACAUGCUUGUUUCUCUAGCCUUCAAAAGCCAGUAGAGCUACCUAAAAAUCAUUCAACAUUCGAAAACGAAUUAAGUCGACCAUUUCACAUCGCUUCCGACCAUCAGUACUCAGUCAAUCAUUUGCGGCAUGGACAAAAGAAACUCAAGGGCUGUGGCGAUUUGCAAAGCGGACUCAGGCCAAUUAUCGAAAUGUAUUUGAAUGAUCCCCCUGCUAAAGACAAAUGA